CGUCCGUAUGAAUGUCGAGAGUUCGGAAACUAUAAAAGCUAGAGAUUUUGGAUUUGAAAUAUAUAGAUUCUAGUGAUUCUAGUGAUUCGUACGCAACGCAAGUUUAUUUAAAAACGGAGUCACGCGUGUGUGUUUCGGCCAUAUUCUACGGAAGAAACAAAAAUGUUCACAAUCGUAUUUAAAAUUUUAGAAGUUUUUGUCAAAAAUUCUGUAUUGCUACGACGUCAUUGCAAAUUAAAAAAAAGAAAAAGGAAUAUACAUAUAUGAGAGCAGGUAGAACCCUCGUGCUUACAGGAAUUUCCAUGAAUUAAUAUAUGGAAUUGCAACAAAUAUAUGGAAACUAAUAAAGAUCCCACACAGCACUUUGGCCACUGCCGUGGACUGGAAAGGGGCCAGUGUCGACCCAGCGAUCAGUGUUUGGAGCAGGGCCGAUUCGCCCAGGCCAGGGUCUCUUACCUGCGGCCCCAUAUUGCCAAUGGGGAGGCUGCCGGACUCAGUGAAUUCCCGUGGAUGGCCCUGUUGCUGUACGGAGAUUUCCUGGUGCCCCAGUGCGGGGCUUCCCUGGUCAGCGAUACGUGGGUCCUGACCGCCGCCCAUUGUGUGCUGCGGGAGGAUCGCCUGGAGGAGCAACUGCGUCGCGUUCGCCUGGGCGUGUGGGAUUUCCGGCAGGCAGAGGAUGGCCAGGACUUUUCCAUCGCAAGGAGCAUUGUCCACGAGAAGUACCGACCAGACGAGACGACGGAGAGCUAUCUGGAAAGGUAUGCCCAUGACAUUGCCCUGCUGCUGCUCGCUGGGACCGUCACCUACACGGAGUUCAUCCAGCCCAUCUGCCUGCCCUUGGCUUUCCAACCUUCCCGCAGCGAUGUCUAUGCGGACUACAACCUGACCAUCGCCGGAUGGGGUCGCACCGGCCACGAAUGCCAGCCCAUCAGUCCCGUGAAGAUCAAGGCUCGUGUCAGUGGCUGGUCCACGGACAGCUGUCGAAGGCUCUACCAGGAAGUGAGCCACGGCCAGAUGUGCCUCGGAGGAGGGGCCUCCCGGAGGAGCAGCUGCUUCGGCGAUUCCGGCGGCCCGGUGAUGGACGGCAACCAGCUGGUGGGCAUCAUCUCGCUGGGUACGUUUACAUGCGGAUCCGAUCAAAAACCGAUGGUUGUCACGCGGGUGGAUACCUUCGCGAUGUGGCUGGCACAGCACAUGAAUGUUUUACCAUGGCGUUAUUUAUAAAAAACAAACCUAUAUAGAUUUAAAUGCAAAAUAAAGAAACCAUUUAAAAAAAGCAA